UUUAAGUGCAUCACUUCUCGGUGGUUUAAGUUUAACAGUUGAAGCUAGUCGAGUGACAGUAUUCCUCCCAUUUCCCCCAGUUUUCUCUUUCUCUCUCCUCUGUAAGCUACGAUAUUAACUCCAAUGUCGUCAAACAAUCCUUCCCAACUCCUUCCUUCAGAGCUGAUUGACAGAUGCAUAGGUUCCAAGAUUUGGGUGAUUAUGAAGGGGGAUAAGGAGCUUGUUGGUACUCUUCGAGGUUUUGAUGUUUACGUCAACAUGGUCCUUGAAGAUGUUACUGAAUAUGAAAUUACUGCUGAAGGGCGAAGAAUCACAAAACUUGAUCAGAUUCUGCUUAAUGGAAACAAUAUUGCAAUUUUGGUUCCUGGGGGUUCACCUGAUUCAGAAUGACAGCUUACUGCCUCUUAUAUGUAGUGUGAUUCUUUGGUGUUUAUGACCUUGACGAAUUAUUAGUUUGCUGAAUAGUUUGGCCUGGUGGAGAAUCUCUGAUGCCUGGGAGAUGGUUUUAAAGUGUCACUGGAAAAACAAGGUGGCAGCAAUUUAAUUGCACAGUGAUGUAUUAUUAAUUAUGUUUUGAUUAUGGCAGUGAGGUUCAAUUAUUUGGAAAACCUCUGCCAAUGCCUGGACAUCAAUGCUGCUGGAAAUGUUAUUUGCUGAGCGAUAUAUUAAUGCUAAACCAAUUUAUAAUCAGAAACGCUCUCAUCCUUGUGUUCUGAAUUCUGACAUCGUUUUUUAAAAUGCUAGUUAGAUCAUAUUGGCACUUUGCCCGUGAACGUAAA